AUCUUAGAAUCCCACCUGCUCAAACCUUCCUUCCACAGUAGAAGCAUAAAGCUACUAGUAGUCUAACCACCAUGGAUCACUCCACCCCACCACUCCAACCUCAAAUUAUUAUCUCUAAACCCAAUUCUUUUAUUAUCUUUUUCUUCCUUUUUUCUCUCUCUCUCUUCAUCUCCAUCUCCUUUGAUCUUUCCGUCGCUAAAAAAUGUCAAUACCAGCAGCAUCAACAGCCGUUGGAUCACUCUGUUUGCCAAGAUCAAGGAUCAGGUCUUCUGCAUUACAGCCAAUGAUGGCCGUCCGAUCUGGCACUGUCUCCUCUGUAACUCAAAUAUUAACUAAGUUACAAAAAGAGUGUGCAACACCUCUUCCUGUGUUGCGCCACGUGGCAGAUUCCAUGGGUAAUGAUAUGAGAGCUGGACUUGCUGUUGAUGGUGCUUCUGAUCUCAAGAUGAUUCUUAGCUAUGUUGAUACUCUCCCAACUGGGAAUGAGAAAGGAUUGUUCUAUGCAUUAGAUCUCGGUGGAACGAACUUCCGAGUUUUGAGAGUGCAAUUAGGUGGAAUAGAUCAACGUGUAAUCGCUACUGAAGCUCAGCAAGUUUCUAUUCCACAGGAUUUGAUGUUCGGUACCUCUGAGGAACUCUUUGAUUUCAUUGCUUCUGGUUUGGCAAAAUUUGCUGAAAAGGAGAGUGGUGAAUUCCAACUCCUGCAAGGAAGAAAGAGAGAACUUGGAUUCACAUUUUCUUUUCCGGUGAAACAAACAUCUAUAAGUUCAGGAAUUCUAAUCAAGUGGACAAAAGGUUUUGCGGUUUCUGGAACGUCAGGAAAAGAUGUAGUAGCUUGUUUAAAUGAAGCUAUGCAGCGGCAAGGGCUACAAAUGCAAGUCUCAGCUCUGGUUAACGAUGCAGUGGGAACUUUAGCUGGUGCGAAAUAUUGGGAUAACGAUGUCAUGGUCGCCGUGAUCUUGGGAACAGGAACGAAUGCUUGUUACGUUGAGAGGAUAGAUGCCAUUCCUAAAAUGCCUGGUCAGAAGUCACAGUCAGGAACAACAAUAAUCAAUACUGAAUGGGGUGCAUUUUCAACUGGACUUCCCUUGACUGAAUUUGAUAGGGAAAUGGAUGCUGAAAGCAUCAACCCCGGCGAGCAGAUAUUUGAGAAAACGAUAUCAGGUAUGUACCUCGGCGAGAUCGUGAGGAGGGUAUUACUAAAGAUGGAUGAAGCAGGUUCUCUAUUUGGCAGUAGCAUGCCAGACAAACUGCAAACACCAUUCUCACUCAGAACCCCGCAUAUAUGUGCCAUACAGCAGGACACAUCAAACAAUUUGGAUGAAAUUGGCUCAAUUCUCUUCAAUGAGGCAGGAGUUGAAGCAAAAACAGAAGCGAGGCAAAUAGUUCUAGAGGUUUGUGACACGAUAGCAAAAAGAGGUGGGCGUUUGGCUGGUGCAGGAAUUGUAGGGAUUCUCCACAAGAUGGAAGAUGACAUGAAAGGUCUAAUUUUUGGAAAGCGGACUGUUGUGGCGAUGGAUGGAGGCUUGUAUGAGAAUUAUCCUCAAUACAGAAAUUAUCUCCAGGAUGCAGUUACGGAGCUUUUAGGACCCGCAUUGUCAGAAAAUAUAGUCAUUGAGCAUUCCAAAGACGGUUCUGGUAUCGGAGCAGCUCUUUUAGCUGCUGCAAAUUCCAAGUAUAAACAUCAUAUCUAGUUCAAGGUUAUACAUUCGCUAUACAGUCAUUAAUUUGUCGAGAUCCUAAUUGAAGGUGGCAUUUUGUGCACUAGCUACUUCAUAAAUGAGGAAAAAGUCUGUGUCGAUGCGUCAUUAUCAUUACCACCAUAUUAUGCCAUUGUAAGUACUAUCAAAUGCUGUAAUGCUAAGUUUUUCCAAAUUGAGCAAUUGGAGUGCAUUUAUUUGUAAUGCUAAAGUGGAGUUUCAAAAUUCAACUGAGAGAGAUUGCAAACUCUAUUAAUUUGCACAUGUAAUAAUAAAGAAAUAGUUUUGAUGGGAGCAAAUUUUCGCUUCACCUGAUUUGUAUGAUUGUAUA